CAUCUUUUCUCCUCAUCUUCCAGACAUUCAUCCCCACUUCUCUUUACCUGCAAUUUGACCUCUAGCAUCACUCCCCUAUUCACCUGCUCGGGCCGACAAUACCUUCACAAAAUGGCCCAAGAUCCCCGAGUUCUGCUCCAACGAGCCGACAAAGCGCUCAGCAGCGCAUCUGGUGGCUUCAGCUUCUUCGGCGGAAGGACAGAGAAGUACGAGAAUGCAGCUGAUCUCUACACACAAGCUGCGAACGCCUUCCGAGUGCAGAAGCAGAACAAGGAGGCCGGCCUUGCCUUCGAGAAGGCUGCCUCUAUUCAGACCCAGAACCUCAACGAGCCCGAUGAUGCAGCAAACACCCUGACCGAAGCGUUCAAGGUCUACCGCAAAUCCGACCCCGAGGACGCCGCUCGCGUGCUCUCCAGUGCUAUCCAACACUACGUGCUAAAGGGUAACCUCCGGCGCGCGGCCACGCAACAGCAACAUCUGGCCGAGGUGUACGAGGUGGAGCUUGGAGAUACGAAGAAGGCGCUGGAAGCCUACGAGAAAGCGGCGGAGUGGUUCGACGGUGACAAUGCUGAAGCUCUUGCCAACAAGCACUACCUGAAGGCAGCAGACCUGGCCGCUCUCGAAGGCGACUACUACAAGGCUAUCGAGCACUACGAGCGGAUCGGCCGCUCAUCGAUCAACAACAACCUGAUGAAGUGGUCCGUCAAGGACUACUUCCUCAAGGCUGGUAUCUGCCACUUGGCGACCAAUGACCUGGUAGCCGCCAACAGAGCCCUCGAGAACUACCGCGACAUCGACACCACCUUCGCUUCCACAAGAGAGCACCAGCUCCUCGUUGACCUGGUCCAGACUAUCGAAGCCGGCGACCAGGAGGCAUUCGCCGACAAGCUGUUCCAAUUCGACCAGCUCAGCAAGUUGGACAAGUGGAAGACGACUCUACUGUUGCGGAUCAAGAACAGUAUCGAGGAGCAGGGCGAGGAUUUCUCUUAGACUUAUUCUAUUCUAUUCUCUUCUAUUCCCAGCAACAAUAUCAUCGUUUUCUCUGUUUUGCUUCUGAUCUGUUCAUCCAUUCGUUCGUUCUUGUUCUUGGUGGAUUAGUUAAUUGGGCAGACUUUAUAACUGUGUUCCCUACCUUUCCCCCAUUGGCUGGUCCCAUAGGUAGAUGGAUGCUGUGCCGUCGUAUAAUUGGUUGCGGUUUGUAUUGUUUUUUUUUUUUUUUCCUUUUGUGCAA